AUGGUACAAAAGUGUACAACUGCAACUACAAGCACUGGUGCUCCAAUUCCACUUCAUGGACUUACAGCAUCAGCUACUGCUGGUCCAUUAGGUCCUUUAUUAGUAGAAGACUUUGCUUUAAUUGAUCAUUUAGCACAUUUUGACCGUGAACGUAUCCCAGAGCGUGUCGUACACGCUAAAGGUGGUGGUGCCUUUGGCUACUUUGAAGUAACGCACAGUGAUAUUAGGAGCUAUUGCAGUGCAAAGCUUUUUAGUAGUAUCGGUAAGCGCACACCUGUAGCCAUUCGUUUCUCUACCGUAGGUGGAGAACAAGGUAGUGCUGAUACAGUACGCGACCCAAGAGGUUUUGCCAUGAAAUUUUACACGGAGGAAGGGAAUUGGGAUCUUGUAGGUAAUAAUACGCCUAUAUUCUUCAUUCGUGAUCCAAUCCUCUUUCCAAGCUUCAUUCAUACGCAAAAGCGUCUACCAAGCACGCAUCUUAAGGACGAUGACAUGAUGUGGGACUUUUUCUCGCUACGACCAGAGACAUUGCAUCAGCAAAGCUUUCUUUUCACUGAUCGUGGGAUUCCUGAUGGAUUUCGAUUCAUGAACGGAUAUGGCAGUCACACGUUUGCAAACGUGAACGCCAAAGGUGAAACCAAUUAUGUCAAGUAUCACUUUAAGACCGACCAAGGUAUUCGCAACUUAACUGUGGAGAAAGCAGCCAAACUGGCUGGUUCUGACCCGGAUUAUGCUAUUCGUGACCUGUACGACGCGAUUGCUAACAAGCAGUUUCCGUCAUGGACGCUAUACAUUCAGGUGAUGACUCCAGAACAAGCGGCUAAGGAGACAGUCAACCCUUUUGAUGUAACCAAAGUGUGGCCUCAUAGCAAGUAUCCACUGAUUGAAGUCGGUCGCCUCGUUCUCAACCGUAACCCAAGCAACUACUUUGCUGAGAUUGAGCAGAUUGCAUUCUCUCCAUCGCACAUGGUGCCAGGUAUUGAGCCGUCACCUGACAAGAUGCUGCAGGGCCGUCUGUUCUCGUAUUCGGACACGCAGUACCAUCGUCUAGGUGCCAAUUACAAUCAGAUCCCCGUGAAUCGUCCACUGAAAGUGCCGCAAACGUAUCAGCGGGACGGCUUCAUGGUUGUCGACGGUAACAUGCACGACGCACCUAAUUAUUUUCCAAACAGCAAGAAUGGGCCGCCAGAGGACGCGACGCUACAGUACCACGCAUACCGCGGCGAUUACUCGACAGCGAACAAGUACUCGACUCAUGACGAUGACAACUACUCACAAGUUGGCGAGUUCUACCGCAAGACACUAAACGCUGCAGCUCGUGAGCAUCUUACAGACAACAUUGCCGCCUCAUUGGUGAACGCGUCCGAACCUGUACAGGCUCGUGCUAUCGCUAAUUUUACCAAAUGUGACCCAGACUACGGCCGUCGUGUGCAGGAGAAGGUAGACGCGCUGGCCUCGCAGAAGCAGCGUGUCGAACCUGUUUCACUCCCGUCUCCGGCCAAGCUGAAUCCGCCUCGCAAGCCCUACAUACCGGCUCCACCCUCGGACGACAUGGCCCCGCGAUUGUAA